AUGUCUUCCAAUCGCCCAUACCAAUCCAAAGUCCGAUUUGAAAUGCCAAUGGAAACUGACGAAUCUACCUUCACCAGUGAAGCUGACACGCUGGUCAAUGUCAGUUACCCUCAUGAGUUGAUCCUUCCAACUUCGGCAAUGCACUGUCCUAACUCCCGAUCAGGUUUUAAUUUAGGAUUCUCUAUGGCACCGCCACCACCAGCACCAAGAUUUUACUUCGGCAUAAACUUGCCCGCAGCGCCAUCUGCUGCACCUCCUACCUUGGGCAUUCCCAGCGCUGCAACAACCCAGCAACCAUUCAACCUGGGGUUCACACUUCCUCAGCCCACACCACCGCCGGCCCCCAAGCCAUUCAACAUGGGCUUCAAUCUUCUGGUCCAGUCCAAUGCUACACUGGCCCCCAAGCCAUUCAACAUGGGCUUCAAUCUUCUGGUCCAGUCCAAUGCUACGCCGCCGCCAACCACACCACCGCCAACCAUGCCGCCGCCAACCAUGCCACCGCCAACCACAAAGCCAUUCAACCUCGGCUUCAAUCUCCCAAUGGCAGUCCCUCAUGCCACCCCACCGGCAACAAGCUCUGACCUGUUGCCCGCUCAGGCAGACACCUCAAGGCAUUUUGGAUGUCAGCGGCCAACCCCCAUUGGGGACUGGCAGCCAGAGCUCAUUUGGGUGAUGCAACUUGCACUGCUUGUUGCCUCACCACCUGCUAUUGCAGAUGCAGCACCAGGACUGUCCACCGGCAGCAAUGUUGAACAUCCCACACUGAAAUCUUUGGUUGGCAAUGCCGAGCGGUCGGCAAUGGAUAUUGUGAAGCACCUUGGGGGUGAAGAAUUUGAUUGUCUCGCACAAAUGAUGGUUGGCAGCGCCUUAGGCGCAGAUGAUGAUGUCCAGGAUCCCAAGCCGGAUGAAGUCUUGGAGAGCAAUCGGAUGAUGCUCAUGGCAUUCUGUGAAAGCAGAGACCGGCUAACAAGGAUCUUCAAAGAUCUCAUUAGCCUACAUCACCUUGCACAGGUCCAUCAACGAGUUCUUCCUGCAGUGGAAUCCUUGUUGCAUGAAGUUGACCAGGCAGAGGCUCCAUCUGGCAAAGAAAUUGAGUCCGGCGAAGAAAUGUAG